UUUGAGCUGGGUCCAUCCCUAACUCAGGGCAACCCCGGGCUCUUCCCCCAGCCUUGGGCUCUGUCCCUCUCCUCUCUCUGGAGGCUUACGAGGAUGGAGGCAUCCGGGUGGUGUGUCGAUCGGCCGGCUGGUACCCGUCACCACAGGUGCUGUGGAGGGAUGGCGAGGGGCAGCAUCCCCCCUCUGUCUCCCUGAGACGUUCCCGCGAUGAGAGGGGCCUCUUUGAGAUCCAAGAUGUCAUCGUUGUGAGCGGGAAGGGAGAGGGGAACGUGUCGUGCGUGGUGAGGAACAGCCGCCUGGAGCAGGAGCAGGCGUCGUCCCUGCACAUCUCAGCUCCCUUUUUCCACAAUGCUCGUCCCUGGAUGGCAGCUCUGGGUGUCUUCCUCCUGCUUUCCGUGGUGUCAGCUGUCCUCAGUGCUUACUUCUUCCGAAGGAAAGUGGUGCAGUCCAGAGCACUGGCAAAACGAGAUGCAGAACUGGAGGAACAAGCUGCACUCUUGGGGAAACAAGAUGGAGAACUGAGUGAGUCUCUGUGAGCUCCCCUGGCUCAGUGUUGUAUCCCGGGUGCUCUGGGCUCGGCCCCUUUCCCUCCUGCCCCUCCCCUCCAUCCCUGCAGCCCCUGGGUCUGCUGGGCAAACCCUGAGGGGAGGUGCCUGGGAGGAUGGACAACUCAGGGACACCAGAGCAGAGAUGGUCCCUCUUCCCUCACCAGAGUUUCUGGGGAGAGUUUGUGGGACUUGCCCAGGUUGGAGGGAGCCAUUCAAAGGGUUUGGGGGGCUGUUCUCCCACUCUUAAAAGGAGGAGUUUUGCCUCUGCCCACUGUUGUAGUUGCAGGUGUGUGUUGAGAAGAUCUCCUCUCUCAUCACUCAUUGCUUCAAUUUUUCCUUUCCAGAGCAACGAAAUGCAGAACUGGAGAAACAAGCUGCACUGCUGACUUGGAGAAAGUUUCUGCUUCCUGAGAAUCCAGAUAUGGUGACCCUGGAUCCAAACACGGCUCAUCCAGAGCUUGUCCUGUCGAAGGAUUUGAGAAGUGUGAAGCAUGGACCCGCACGCGAGAACCUGCCCGACACCCCCGAGAGAUUUAGUUCUUGGCGCUGUGUGCUGGGCCAGGAGAGGUUCCUGGAGGGGAGGCACUGCUGGGAGGUGGAGGUGAAGGAGGAAGUGGGAGGUGAUUCAUGGUGGGGUGUUGGGGUGGCCAGUGAGUCUGUGCAGAGGAAGAGGGGAUUGGAUCUGAGGCCUAAAGAAGGGAUCUGGGCAGUUGACAGGUAUGCAGGGCAGUUCAGGGCUCUCACCUCUCCUCGCACCAUCCUGUCCCUGUCCCCAGUCCCCAGGAGGAUCUGUGUCUGUCUGGACUGCACACAGGGGCUGGUGACUUUCCUCAACGCUGACACUGCGGGCGAGAUCUUCACUUUCACAUCAGCCAUGUUUAAUGGGAAGGCCCUGUGCCCCUGGUUUUUGCUGGAGACAGAGGAAACCCAGCUGUGCCUUGGGGGCUAA